AUGCCUCUAUCAACGGGGUUAACAUUAUCGUCACUUAAUGUAAUGGAAAAAGCCGACAACCACUAUAAUAUGAUGACUAAGCAGCCCCCCGCCCUUUCCCCUGUCGAUAUGGUUUCCUCGAGACGGGGCUUCAACCCGAUAGCCUUCACCCCUUGGCCGGUGACAAUACUGUCCUCGCUGGUGUACCUCGCCUUUAUAAUCCCGAUCAUAGUCGUCCACCACCUCGUUCCUCCUGCGCCAAAGGAAAGCCCCGAAGGUGUAGAUCUAAAAGAAGCCUGGCACGAUCUCCAGCACUUAACUCGGCAGUAUCACCCUUACAACAGCCACUCGAACGAUGAAGUUCACCAGUGGCUCCUCAAGCGUAUCCACGCCAUCUCCGCCUCCUCUUCGGCUCGCUCAGGAGACACAACCGGGCCGGACAUCUUCAUUUUCGAUGAUAACCAGACCAACCUAACGUUCUCUAGUGUUGGAGUUGCCGCAAAGUCCAUUACCGGGGUAUAUUUUGAGAGUAAAAACAUCUUGGUCUAUAUCCGGGGCGCGGAAGAUGACCAGGAGGAAUGGUGGGAAUCCCCCGAUGGCGAGCCAUCAGGAAAAGGCGGAGUGCUCGUAAAUGCGCACUACGACAGUGUUUCUACUGGCUACGGAGCGACAGACAACGGAGUUGGUGUGAUUUCCACCCUACAGCUCCUCAAGUAUUUCACCACUCCUGGACACUAUCCCCGAAAGGGACUGGUGUUGUUAUUCAACGAUGGAGAGGAAGACUUCCUUAAUGGCGCGUAUGCGUUCAGCCAACAUCCACUGUCAAAAUUCACUCAUACCUUUUUGAACAUCGAAGGUGCCGGUGCAGGAGGCCGCGCCGUUCUAUUUCGCAGUACCGAUACGGAGGUUACAAGAUUUUAUGGGAAUACAGAGCACCCCUUUGGAACAGUCCUUGCUAGGGAUGCAUUUCAAUUGGGGUUUAUCCGCAGUGAGACCGAUUAUCAUGUCUUUGACGGUGUUUUUGGUAUGCGUGGACUCGAUGUUGCUUUCAUGGAGCCUAGAAGUCGAUAUCACACCGAUCAAGAUGACGCGAGGCACACAAGCAUCGAUUCUGUAUGGCACAUGCUUUCUGCAGCUAUUAAAACUACUGAAGGACUGGUUAGUUAUACCGGAGAUGCGUUCGACGGUGAUAAUGGAAACGAUGGAAAAUUGAACAAUGGCGCUGGCACUUUGGGGGUUUGGUUUGAUUUCUACGGAUCUUCCUUCGCUGUCUUCGAACUCAAUACCCUGUUUGGGCAUUCAGUGGCGCUGUUAGUCGUUGCUCCGCUUCUCCUUAUUGCUACGUGCGUUACACUUUACACACUAGACAAGAUGUACAUGUUCUCCAUGUACACAUAUUUAUCAGAAUCAGGUGGACAAGUAUCGCUCUAUGGCCUGCGAGGAUUGUUCCGCUUUCCCCUCAUCCUUGGCAUUAGUACUGCUCUGACCAUUGGCCUGGCAUUUCUAUUAAUGAAGGCCAAUCCUUUCAUCAUAUAUAGUAGUCCUUAUGCCGUCUGGAACCCUUCCGCGCUACACAGAGCAUAUGCCUUCACUUGGAUGUUCGGCAUGAUGUGGGUUCUCCUUGUGAUAGCCACCGUUUACCAGAAACAACACGGCAUAGCAAGUAGCUACUUUAUUGUAUUCUACUUUGCCGGAGUAUCUAUUGCAACAUGGAUCUCAUAUUUGGAGCUUUUUGGUUUGCCGACAACGCAGGAUUAUGCUCGUCGGCAGAUCCGUAUCACAGAUCGAACGCCCAGUUCUGAUAGUCGUCUCCUAGCACCCUCGGCAGAUGAGCUUCCACCUAGCGGUAGCGCUGCGGGACAUGAUUUUAACCCCGAAGAUGUCGAAGACGAGGAGCCCACAGAAUCCACGUCUCUUCUUCGUGGGCAGCAGAGGACAACCUUCGCCAAUUAUGCAAGUGCCAGAAGCAACUCUGAUGGCAACAUAUCCACCAAUGCUUCAUUGCACCCUAAAGACCAUCGACUGGAACAACGAUGGAGUAUAAACCUAAUAUCGUCAGCUUGGAUAUUGCAAUUCCUUUUUGUCGCACCUAUUGUUAUCAUUCUCCUUGGCCAACUCGGACUUUUCCUAACAUCGGCAACCUACCAAAUUGGCGCUGACGGAGGCUCACAGUUGGUUAUAUACGUCGGAAUCGCCGUCUUAUCUGUUCUCAUUCUUCUCCCCCUUUUUCCUUUCAUUCAUCGAUUUACCUAUCAUAUUCCAACCUUCCUGCUCUUUGUCCUCAUCGGAACCCUUGUGUACAACCUCACGGCAUUCCCAUUCUCACACAGCAACCGUUUAAAAGUUGCAUUUGUACAAGAAAUAGAUCUGGAAACCGGGAAAAACCAGGCAUCUCUCGUUGGUGUGGAACCUUAUAUUCAUGAUAUUGUUCGAACAAUUCCCAGCACAACCGGGAAGGAAGUUUCAUGCAUUUCACGAGGUUACGGUGGAAGAGCUAAAUGCUCCUGGGACGGACUCAAGCCAAGAGUCGUCGACGCCCCGUACAAGGAGUGGAUCACAUAUAACAUCUCUCAAGCAAAAGACGACAAACAUACCCGUUUUGAGAUAUCUGGCAAAAACACCCGAGCAUGCAAAAUUCUGUUUGACAGUCCUAUUGCCGAUUUCAAAGUCUUAGGCUCUGUUACUGAUGAACGUAUACCUCACACUGGGCCUAAAGGUGUUUCUGAAAUUCGGCUCUGGAGUCGAACCUGGGAGAAUACCUGGACCGUUGAUGUUGAGUGGACUAAAAAGAACGCUAAUCGGCAGGGUAAGGUGAUGUGUAUUUGGAGCGAUGACAACGACCUCAAGGUUAUACCUGCGUUAGAUGAGAUUCGCAAUUUUGCUCCUGCGUGGGCUGCAAUUACAAAGCUUCGAGAUGGCCUCGUUGAAGGAAGCCAUUCCUUCAAGCUAUGA